UGCGUUUUUUUUGCGGGAGAUUAACAAUGGAUCUUCGUGUUUGUGAUUUGUUUUGUAUCCUCUUUGUGUUUUUUGCUGUACCCUGUGGCGGGACGUACAAUCUACGUGCUGGCAUGCCAAAUGUCUGUCCCUACCAAGAUGUGGAGACAAAGCUAGUGAGAAUACCCUGUGUCCAGGCCUUCACGAGGCUCGUCAAAGUCUGGAAACCAAACUGUGGAAAAUCCAGGAACUGGUGCAUCGGACACGAGAGAAGAACUCAAUAUUUCACGGCAUACAAACAAGAUUACAGGAGGUUUUAUGUCACAAAAUACCAGUGUUGUCAUGGGUGGCAACAACUGCAUUCUCAGGCUGGAUGCAUGUACAGACAGUGCAGUCAGACAUUGUGUCUAAAUGGAGGUCGCUGUGUGAAUGGGAACACUCAGAGGUGUACAUGUCCUGCGGGAUUUCAGGGGUCAAGAUGUCAAUACGAUGUGGAUGAGUGUACCCAGGGAACUAGUGGUUGUGACCAUGAAUGUAUGAACACAGUAGGUUCUUAUAGAUGUAAAUGUAGACAAGGCUUCAGACUAGGCAGAGAUGGAAAAAGUUGUGAAGAUAUCAAUGAAUGUGACAAUAGAAAAGGCGGAUGUCAGUAUGACUGUCGUAAUAGCCAGGGAGGAUUUCAGUGUUUAUGUCCUGCAGGAUACCGCCUCCGUGCCGACGGACGAAGCUGUGAGGCUGCUGGGAACUUGCGUAAGAUUGAAAAUAAAAUAGGAACAAAUAAUGAGUUAGUUGCACAAUUUGAUAAAAAUGGUGAUACCAGUAGAAAAUUAAAACAAGGAGUGGAAAAUCGAAACCAGAAAAAUGAGAUUUCUGUGAAACUUCUAAAUAAAAAACUGGCAGCCAUUGCUCAGAAGACAGAUGAGUUUACAGACUUGGCUUCUGUUUUCAAAAAGAGACGACUUCUGAAUUAUCAGGUGGAAUCAGCCUGCAGUGUAAACAAUGGGGACUGUGAACAUCUGUGUAUAGAGGGCUCUGCAGCAGGACAUUACAGGUGUAGCUGUAGAGAAGGAUACCGACUAAAACAAGAUGGACGGACCUGUGAACUGGCUGACCCCUGUAGGAACAGAAAUGGAGACUGUGAACACAAAUGUAUUAACAGGAAUGGUAGCAGAGUGUGUGAGUGUUUUAUGGGCUACAAAUUAUCAGCUGAUCAGCGACAAUGUGAGGACAUCAAUGAAUGCCUUAACAACAAUGGUGGAUGUAGCCAGGACUGUAUCAACACAAUGGGUUCCUACACCUGUCGCUGUCAGCCGGGUUUCCAGCUUGGGGUCAACAGGAAGUCCUGUUACAGAGUGGAACUGGAGCCAGUAGACAGCUGUGCCAUUAACAACGGAGGGUGUGCUCAUAAUUGUCGUCAUGAGAACGGGGGACCAGUCUGUACCUGUAGGAAAGGAUACACUCUACAGAUUGAUAGGAAAUCCUGUCUAGAUAAAGAUGAGUGUGAGUCUGACGAGGCCUGCUGUGCUCACCAGUGUUCUAACAACCCAGGAGGUUACUCUUGUAUCUGUAGGCGGGGGUUCAUUCUGAACCAGAAUGGCUGCUCCUGUGAUGAUGUGGAUGAGUGCUUGUCGGACAAUGGGGGCUGUGAACAUGAAUGUGUGAACUCGGAAGGUUCCUACAGCUGUGUGUGUAAGCCUGGCUACAGACUAGCACCUAACAACAGAGGCUGUAUCUUGAUAGAUCCAGGUCCUCAGCGGGGGGAUAUCCCAUCUUCUUCUCAGUAUAAGGCCUCAAUACGGCCCCUCCCUUUGGUAGAAAACCUCAAACUUCAAGAUGAACUGAUUGAUGCUGAUGUCAAAUAUGAAUGUGUGCCAGGGAACUUUGGACCAGACUGCAAGUGGACUUGUGACAGUUGUCAGAAUGGUGCAACCUGCAACAGAGAAAAUCCUGGCUGUGUUUGCUCUCCUGGGUGGAACGGAUUUCUCUGUAACCAAACUUGUCCAGAAGGAUCCUAUGGCAGUGGGUGUAACCAGAUUUGUAGCUGUAAAAAUGGAGGGACCUGUGAUCAUGUGACUGGUAAGUGCACAUGUCCUCCAGGGGUCAGUGGAGAAGACUGUGCAGAUGGAUGUCCUUCAGGAUUCUUUGGUAAAAAUUGUGACAAGGCCUGCUUCAAGCCCUGUAAUAGUGGUCACUGUGACAGGGAGUUUGGAUAUUGUAUGUGUCCGCCAGGGUUUUUUGGAUCCUACUGUGAUACAGAGUGCCCCUUGUUUAAUUGGGGAUCUAACUGUAUGAAGGCUUGUCAGUGUAACAGGACCACUACAGAAUUCUGUGAUCCAGUGAAUGGCAAGUGUUCUUGUAAGAAGGGUUUCUAUGGAGAGCAAUGUCAAUUUCGAUGUUUAGCAGGGCAUUAUGGGAAAAAUUGUGAGCACUUGUGUAAUUGUAACAACAAUCAGUCAUGUGACCCUGAGACUGGGAGGUGUUAUCUGAGGUGUGACCAAGGAAGAAUGGGAGAUAGCUGUGAUCAAGUUUGUCCCAAUGGAACUUUUGGUUUUAACUGUGAACAAAAAUGUAAUUGUCACAAUAGUUUAUGUCAUCCUGAGACUGGGAAAUGUAUCUGUAGAGCCGGCACUCGUGGGAGACGAUGUAAUAAACCUUGUCGUGAUGGAACUUGGGGAGUGAACUGUAUGUACCAGUGUACCUGUAAAAGAGGAGAGUGUGAUAAGGUCACAGGAGAGUGCCUCUGUCCUGAUGGCUGGUACGGCCAGGAAUGUCAAGAUGCAUGCCCACCUACCCGUUAUGGUUUCCAGUGUUUACUACAGUGUAAAUGUGAGAACAAUGCCUUGUGUAACCCAGUAGAUGGUUCAUGUAAAUGUAGAGCGGGAUUCAGAGGGACUAUUUGUGACCAAGUGUGCCCUCCUGGGACGUAUGGACCUGAUUGUAUCUAUAGGUGUGCCUGUAGAAAUGGGGCGGAAUGUGACCAUGUCACAGGGGAGUGUAUCUGUGGGCCUGGCUGGAAAGGAGUGGGCUGUGAUGAAAUGUGUGAAGAGGGUACUUUUGGAGCAGGUUGUAAAGAGAAAUGCCGCUGUGCCAAUGGUGCAUCAUGUGAUCAUAUUGGAGGAGGGUGCACAUGCACUGCUGGUUGGCAGGGGAAGCACUGCGACAAGCCCUGCCCCCAGGGAUUUUAUGGCCUGGAUUGUCAGGGGGUCUGUGACUGUGGAAACAAUGGAGCAGAGUGUAACCAUGUGAAUGGGGAGUGUAAGUGUUCUGCAGGGUGGACAGGGGAUGACUGUUCUAAGGCAUGUCCCUUAGGAACAUAUGGGGAGGAGUGCAAGCACCAGUGUCAUUGUGGAAAUGGGGGCACCUGUGACCCAGUAUCCGGGGCCUGUGUGUGUGCUGCUGGCUGGAGAGGAAAUCAUUGUGAAGAAGAAUGUCCUGAAGGAUUUUAUGGUAUUAAUUGUUUGUACCACUGCUUUUGUCGGAAUGGUGCUCCAUGUGACAGUAUUACAGGGGAGUGUAACUGCACAAGUGGAUUCACAGGAACGGCUUGUGAAAAAUCAUGUUAUGAGGGUUUCUUUGGUCCUAACUGUGUACAUCAGUGCCAGUGUGUUCAGGCUGAGUCAUGUGAUAAGGAAACAGGAAGCUGUAAAUGUCUCCCUGGAUACACAGGAGAGCUUUGUGAUAAAGAGUGUCCGAAUGGAUUUUUCGGGGAGAACUGUGAUGAAGAAUGUGGCUGUAAGAAUGGGGCAUCCUGUCAUCAUGUGACGGGGGUCUGCACCUGUACGCCUGGUUGGAGAGGAAGAAACUGCCACAGAGCUUGUAUGCGAGGUUUCUAUGGUCAAGACUGUAUGGAUGUGUGUAUGUGCAGGGAGGACCAGCCAUGUAACCAUGUCACAGGGCAAUGUUUCUGUCCCCCAGGCUUCACUGGAGAAAGCUGUCAAAGCAAAUGCCCGGAGAAUUGGUAUGGAGAGGGAUGUAAUCUGACAUGUAACUGUGGGAAGAACUCGAUAUGUGACCCUGUCACUGGGAACUGUAGCUGUAAGCCAGGACAUUACGGCAAAAACUGCACCAGAAGGAGAAAGAAUAGACGAAAUAGGAAAGUCCGAGACAGGCGUCGUAAUGAAAGUAUAUCUGUGGUGUCUUUUAUAAACAAACCUAAGGGCAGACCUGAAUCAGGCUGUGGAAAAAGAAGAUUUGGUGCAAAUUGUGAGAACAAGUGUAAUUGUGAAAAUGGAGCCACCUGUGACUCCAGAACAGGUGCUUGUUUGUGUCCCGUGGGGUAUAUUGGACCCUCCUGUGCCCAGUCGUGUCCCCGAGGGUACACAGGUCAGGGCUGUAAACAUGUCUGUAAAUGUAGGAACGAGGCGACUUGUGAUCCAGAGAGUGGACAAUGUAUAUGUCUGCCUGGUUACUAUGGGGACAGAUGUCAGUUUAAGUGUGAGGAUAAUAGAUUUGGCAGGAAUUGCAGUGGUGUAUGUAGCUGUACUGUUAAUGGACGCUGUGAUCAUGUGACUGGUCAGUGUCGCUGUGACUUAGGGUGGAUGGGGGACACGUGUGAUCAGCUUUGUCCACCUGGAAGGUUUGGUCCAGCCUGUGUCCACUCCUGUGUGUGUCAGAAUAAUGGUUCCUGUGAUCCUGUUAGUGGAUGUUGUAGCUGCCUCCCUGGGUUCUAUGGUCAAAGCUGCGAAUUCAACUGUCCAGAAGGAACAUAUGGUCUAUACUGUAGAGAGACGUGCAGCUGUAAAAAUGGUGCUAAAUGUAACCCUGUCCACGGGCAGUGUAAAUGUAAACCAGGUUACAAGGGAGAUAACUGCCAACACAUGUGCUCAAGAGGUUAUUAUGGAUUUCUCUGUAAGGAGGAGUGUCAGUGUGGUGCUGCCCACUGUGAUCAUGUGACAGGGGAAUGCUUCUGUCCUGCAGGAUUAAAGGGGGCUAACUGCACAAAUAUGUGUAAACAGGGGAAGUAUGGUCCAAACUGUGAAUUUUUCUGUAACUGUGAUAAUCAGGGCUUCUGUGACCCAGUGUCAGGUGCAUGUGUGUGUCGAAACGGAUUUACAGGGUCAAGGUGUCAGUAUAUCACAGCUUCUUCUUCAGCCAGGAGAGGUGACAUUCCAUGGAACGUACAUUAUUACAGUAAGAGGUGAUGGUACCUCAGAAAUGUCACAUGGGUGCUCUAUAAACAAAACAUUGUCAAGAUCCAGAUCUGAUCCACGAGGGAGACUACCCAGAAUUCCAUAGCAUCAACCAUUACCUUUCAGCAUUUCAUCAAGCAUCACCUCAAUACUACAUCCACCUGCUUUUACUGAAUGUAAAACCUGUGCCAAUAGAUUUCUAUUUUACGAUUAUUUAGCAUGCAUGAUUAAGUGUAUUUGAAGUGUGACUGAAAUGUUGAAGUGAAGUGUUGAUAGUUACAUUGUAGCUAUAUGAAUCAAAUUUUUUUGUGAUAAUUUGCUUAUAUGCUUUGUAUUGGUCCACAUUUAUGCCCUGCAUAAUUCUUGGCAUCACUUGAAAAUUAUGCAAAUUCAACAUAUUUUUUAAUCAAGGUUUCUUUGCUAAGGAAUCUGCCAUGGUUAGUACCAUUAAACCCAUAUUGUGAUUUAAUUUGUUGCAAUGUUAACUGAACCUUGCUGUAGAUUAUAAUUGUAGGAAUAUAGAAAGACAAAUGUAUUGAAUGUAUGUAUUUUGUUUGCUUUUCUUUUUUUUUAGUAAGGACCAAAGAACCCAUGCUUAUAACAAUUUGAAAUAUGAAUUGGUGCAAUAUAUACAUUGUUUUGUUUACAUUUCAUGAAUAUUGCCAUAUUUGUAAAUGUUCGUUAUAGAAUGUAUUAAUUAAGGCUACUAUGUAUGUUUUAUGAAUAAAAAUCCUGAAGGAAUGUGAUCCAGUAGAAUAAAUAAAUCAUGCAAGUAAUCUGUAGGUGCAAUUUUACUAGCAUUAUUAAUUAAAUGAAACUGUUUUCAAUUGAUCAGUGCUCUAGGUGAUAUGACCUGUAAGUUUUCAAAUUAUUGUGAUGCAAUAUAGCUUAAAAAUAUGGUCAAAGUAUGUUGGAAAAUAACUUUUAAAAAAAAGAGUCUCUGUUGGUAAAUACAUAUAUCAGGAAUACUCAUAGUUAAAACUCUAAAUUCAAUAAAUAGGUAGUAACUGUGACAGUUUUUCUUUCUGUUGAUACGAGAAUCUAUUUCUAUGUCUGGUUAUUUCGUUUUCGUUUCAUUACUGUACUUGAGUAUUGGCUUUAAAAGAACAAGUUAUAUGUAUGUGCACAGUUAUUGACUACAUUUUUCUAAAAUGCCUACUCCUAAAAAAAAAUAGCUAUUCAUAAAUAUGUAUGUAAUAUUUUUAUAACUCUAAACUACUAAAUGCACACAAGUACUGUUACAGUAGAUUUUUUAAUUCGUGAGGGUCAAUGCUUAUGGACAAGCAACAUUUUAUUGAUUUGUUGGGACAUGCUUUUAUGGGUAACUUUUUAUACAGAAGAUUCAAUGAAUCAAUACAGUAAAAAAAUAAUCAUUCAUGGAAUGUAAAUUUACAGGUAAGGGUGACCCGUGAAAUUCACAAACAUUAGUCUCCCAGGAACAAUGAUUCCACAGUACUGGUUUUAUAGGUUUAUAGGAUAACAAUGCAUUUACAUAAUUAUUUCAGUUGAUUAUCUACUGUCCCAUCAAAAUAUUUAUCUUCUUAUUUAAUUUUCAUCAAAUUUGGGUAAAUUUUUAGCUCACUUGAACCAAAGGCUUAAGGUUUUCUGAUCAAGACAGAAGAUCCAGUCCAUCAGUCUCUAUUAAAUUUCUAGUAAACCUUGCCACAAAGCAUCCUUGGAUGAAGGGGAUUUAAAUUUGUUCAUAUGAAGGGAUACCCUCCUUUAAAGGGAGAGAUAAUUAAGAAAUGAUGAAAAAUUUGUGGCAUCAUAAAAAAAAAUCUUCAGAACCAUUGAAACAAAGCUUAAGUGAAUGCUUCUUUAUACAGGUUUGUUCAUUUCAUGGCCCCCAGGGGAAGGGUGGGACUACACACAAUAGGGGAUCAAAGUUUAACAAAGUAAUAUUAGGAUUUUUAUGCCCCCAUAUCGAAGAUUCGGGGGUAUAUAGUUUUUGCCCUGUCCUUCUUUCUGUCUGUUUGUCCGCAAAAACUUUAACAUUGACCAUAACUUUUGAUUGGUUUGAGCUAUGGCUUUCAUAUUUCACAUACGUAUUCCUUGUGACAAGACCUUUCUUUGGGUACCACCAUAUUUGACCUUUUGACCUUGGAGUUUGACCCACUUUUGCAAAAGUUUACCAAACUUUAACAUUGGCCAUAACUUUUGAACAGUUAGUGCUAGAGCUUUCAUACUUCACAUAUGCAAUCCUUGUGACAAGGCCUUCCUUUGGAUACCAACAACGUUGACCCUUUGAUCUUGACCUUGGAGUUUGACCUACUUUUGGAAAACGUAAACCUUGGCCAUAACUUUUGAAUGGUUGGUGCUAGGGCUUUCAUACUUCACAUAUGAAAUUUUUGUAACAAGACCUUCAUUUGGAUACCAACAACUUUGACCCUUUGACCUUGACCUUGGAGUUUGACCUACUUUUGAAAAACUUUAACAUUGGCCAUAUUUUUUGAAUGGUUGGUGCUACAGCUUUCAUACUUCACAUAUGUAAUCCUUGUGACAAGACCUUCCUUUGGAUACCAACAACUUUGACCUUGACCUUGGAGUUUGACCUAUUUUUGAAAAACAUUUACCUUGGCCAUAACUUUUGAACGAUUUGUACUACGGCUUUUAUAUUUCACGUGUCUUUCUUGUGAGAAGGCCUCUCCUUGGGCACCAUUAAUUUUGACCAUUUGACCUUGACCUACAUGAUUGACUUACUUUUGAAAAACUUUAACCUUUUCCAUAUCUAUUCAAUGGUUGCUGCUAGGCCUUUCAUAUUUCACAGGUAUAUUUCUCAAGACGAGACUACUUUGGGUAGCAACAUAUUUGAUUUGCAUUUGAGAAAGUUUAACCUUUGCUAUAAGUUGCCAUACGGGGGCAUCAGUGUUUCACAAAUACGUCUUGUUUUCUCUUGAGAACAGUUGGACUAUGAUUAUAUUAAUAUGCAAGCAUCAUCAGGUAGUGCAGAUUCAAGUUUUUCUUCAAAUCAUGGGCACUGGUCUGGAGAUAUGAGUGCAACAGUAAGGGAUCAAAGUUAUACAUGUAUUGAUAUAUAAAGAAAAAAAAAUUAAAAUCAUCAUCUGAAGAACAACAGGGCCAUGGUUAGUGAUAUUGAUAUUGAUAUGGAAGCAUCCUCAGAUAGUGCAGAUUCAUGAACUCUGGCUUACUAGGGAUACAAAAGGAAAUACCAAUUUUGCAUUGAAAUAUAUUGGAAAAAAUCUUAUUCCCAGGAACAGGAGAGCCAUGAUUAAUGAUAUUGAUAUGCAAGUAUCCUAUGGUCGUGCAGAUUCAAGUUUGUUCAAAUCAUGGCCCCUGCUAUAUUGGGCCAUAGUAAGGGAUCAAUGUUUAACAUGACAUGGGAAUAUAAGGAAAUGUAUUUAAAAAUCUAAAGAAUGGUGUGACCCUGAUUAGUGAUCAUAUUAUACAACUAUUCUCAGGUAGCACAUGUUCAGAUUUGUUCAAAUCAUUGCCCCCGCUGGAGCCACAAUAAAAAAUCAAAGUUUUGCAUAGAAAAAUGAAUGAAAAAUCUUUUUAAAACUUCUCAAGAAAAGCAGACCUUAAUAAAUGACAUUUAUAUACAAGCAAUCUUGGGUAAUGCAGAUUCAAGUUUUUUUUUUCAAAUCUUGGCCCCAGGGGUAGGAUCAAAUCAAAAUUAUAAGGUCAAAAAAAUUCUUAGGAUUAUGGUGGACUUAAAACAGUAGGGCCAAAAUUACCCAGGUGAGUGUUGUGACCCAUGGGUUCCAUGUACAUAGUAGCAAAGCAGAUCAUCACAAAGAUACAUCAAAUGCUUGUUUUGUCCUACAAAGGAAAAAUAUGUUAAAAUUACACAUAUUUAUGACAUCAUUAUUUACAUGUAUUCAAAUAUGUCAUCUAAAAUACUCAAUAAUUGGUUACAUGCACUCCCAGCAUGGUUUUUAUGCUUGAUAAUUCUUAUGUAAGUACAUUAAUCACAAGAAUAUAGUAACAGAUUUGAAAGACCAAUAUGGAUGUCCUUGGUCUUUAUUGUCUUGAUUUUUAGCUUACCUGAGUAGGAGGCAUAUGUUUAUCUAUAUGGCAUCUGUCUUUCUAUUGCCACUUGGCUCAUUUUACUAUGUAUAAAGCAUACUUUAGUAAAAUGGUGUAUAUAUUAAAUUCAUUAAAAUUCUUAAACUUAGACCCUUCCAAGGGAAUCAUUUUUCAGGAAUCACUGGGUCAGAAAAGACAUAAUUUACUAGCUUUUUAUGAGUGUAUACAUUCAGAAUUCUCUUGAAAGUUAUUCCUUGGUCAGAAUUGAGCCAGAAUAGUGGACAUUCAAUGUUUUUCUUAAUGAUAAAUAGGAAAAGCAUUUUAAAUAUCUAUAGAAAAGGAUUAAGUUAUGAUCAUAUUUUUGAAACAAGGUCCCUGUGGACUGUAUAAUUAAAAAAUAAAGCCACAAAAUUGGGGGUUACAAUCUGUUAAUUAAGUUUUACAUUUGUAAAAUAUCAAAAUCGCAUAUAGUCUAACCUCUAACCUCUUUAACUUGAUGGGCAAAAAAAAAAAAAAAAAGAUUUUAAAGAAAUUAUGAUAUUGAGGUUAAAAUACAUAAAGAAAAAGUGGUGGGGACUUCAACAUAUGGUAUUCAAGUUGUAAAUGGAUAUAGCAAUAUAUAUAAAAUCUCCUUGUUUAAGACUUCUCAAAAAUAGAUUAAUUUACUUUAUUAUCAUGGAAAUGACAGCAGAAUAUGAAAUUAUUAAGAGAAUUGAAUCCCUGAAGGAAUUUUCUGAAAUUUGCAAGAGGAUAAAGGUGAAAAAUUUGUUCAAUUUUGAUUUUCUUUUAAUUUUGAAAUUCAUAGGGUGCAAAUUAAUUUUGAAAUUUAUAGGGUGCAAACCUCUUCAGUCUUUAUUUUGAUAUAUUUUAGUGACAUCACUUAAAAUACCAAAGAAGAGAUCUUGGGGGUAAUGGAAUUUUUUAAUAUUUUAUUUUUAUGAAGUCAAACAUUAUUACUGAAUCAAAUGUGAGUUUAUUCAACUUUUAAGCCUAGAAACAUUACUUAAUUUAAAACCUUAUCAUCGACUUUUUAAAGUUGAGGUGAAAGAGGAGAUAUUAAAAAAAGUCAAAGUUGCAUAUGCCUAGAAGGCCUUUUUUGUUAUUUUAAGAAGAUGAAAAAUAGUUGAAAUAUUCUUUAGUUCAGUAGCAUAGAAAAGGUCAUUAUUAAAUUGUAGAAAGUAACAUUGUAUGGUGAACUUUGUGACCUGGGAUUUAUUUUGGGAAUUACUUCAUGUUCAAAUAAAAACCAGUCAAAGUUCUAAUUCUACUGUGCAACAUAUUGGAAUAUGGACACUUGAUUAGAUUAGAUUAUCUUUUAUGUUAGAUUCUUAUUAAUUUGUCAAGUGAGGUGCAUCUAAAGAAAGUACUAGAUAGCAAUUAAAUGUUGUUGGCCAUAGAUGUCACAAGCUGACCUUAUUAAAUCAGCUGUCAGCAUCCUAUUGUUAAAUAUCUUUAAUUAUAUCUCUUUUUAACCUAAAAAAAAAUCCCCCAUUUAUGUUUUGUUUCUUUACAAAAUGUCAUACAUUUGUGAUCUACCAUUUUUAAGUCAUUAUGAAGUUAAAUUGUAUUCAAAAUUCUUUUUAAUCAAAAUUACAGAAUAUUUAGAGCAUAGGUGCAUCAUAUUUUAAAAUAUCUCAAAAUAUUUAUGUACAUGCCAUUUUUUUUAAUUUCGUUUAUUUCAGUCUACAUGUACAUUUAUUUUAUAUUGAUGUUUUAUUUUUCCAGUAUUAUGCAUAUGAGUAUUUAAAUGAUAAAGUAUAUCAUAAACUGA